AGUACAAUAAUCGAGACACUGAAAGUCUGAAACAAUUUUUUUUGUAGCCUAACUUCUCGUGGAAACCUGAGAGAAAUUCACCAACUACGUACUCUCGUUUCAGACUUUCAUUUUUUUCUCUCCUGUAAAUAAAGAUUUAAUUUAAUAUUGGAGCUUUUUCUUGUCCCCCUUUCAGCACCUCCCUCAUUUAAAGUCCACCUGGGUUUUCUCUCUUCAUCCCCUCUUCUCCAUGUUCUUUGCUGCUUUCUUGACUCCACCUGUCUCAUUCCAAAUCUAUCUUCAUCAACUCCAUGCUUGUUCUCCGUCUUCUUUAGCUCUUUGAUUGACUCUUUCUUUCCUUUUUUUUUCUUUGUUGGUGUUUCAAUGGAUUUCAAGGACAUAACAAGAAGUUCUCGUUUGCAAUAUCAUUUCUAGUUUCUGAAACAGUUUUUUUUUUCUUUCCUUCCGGUAUAAAAUUUUGCAUGUUUGAUUGUUUUCAAGAUCCGGGCAGACCCUUUUCUUUGCGUUGUUUGACAAAUUGUUUUUCAUGGAUCUUGUCAGCAAAAGCUACACGAACACGAUCCGAGUCUCACAAGCUCUUUCUCCAAUCACAAGUCCAGGAAACUCAAUCUUGGGGGCUCAUUUGCAUUCAUCAGAUACAAGUUUUCCCAUUAUAGCUAUUGCAGUCAUAGGAAUUUUAGCUACAGCUUUCUUGUUAGUCAGCUACUAUAUCUUUGUCAUCAAGUGCUGCCUCAAUUGGCACAGGAUUGAUCUUCUAAGGAGAUUUUCUUUAUCUCGAAGACAACACGAAGACCCUUUAAUGGCACACUCUCCAGCAAUGGAACAUAGAGGACUUGAUGAAUCUGUGAUAAGGUCAAUCCCAAUAUUUCAAUUCAAGAAAGGUGGGAACAACAGAGAUUUUGGAGAAAGAAGCUUUUGUGAAUGUGCAGUUUGCUUGAAUGAGUUCCAGGAAGAUGAGAAGCUAAGAAUAAUACCAAACUGCAGCCAUGUUUUUCACAUUGAUUGCAUUGAUGUUUGGCUUCAAAACAAUGCCAAUUGUCCACUUUGCAGAACAAGCAUUUCGAGUACUAGUCGGUUCCCAGUUGACCAAAUCAUUGCUCCAAGCACAACACCACAAGAUCCAAAUCCAUAUACCGAAAAUGUAAUUAGCGGUGAUGAAGAUUUUGUGGUGAUUGAAUUAGGUAACCAUAGUUCUACUGAUCAAAUAUUGCUUGGCGCACAAGAAAGACUGAACUCAGGGGAGCCAUCGACGCGGUCAAUUAGUCCUUCACCAAGGAAGUUGGAGCAGAGAAUUGUGCAGAAAAAGGCAAGGAAGUUUCAUAAAGGUACUAGCAUGGGAGAUGAAUGCAUUGACACCAGAGGGAAAGAUGACCAGUUCGCAAUUCAGCCAAUAAGGAGGUCUAUCUCAAUGGAUUCAUCCGCAGAUCGGCAGCUAUAUUUAGCAGUUCAGGAAGCUAUACGACAGAACAGGCAAGUCAGUGAGGUUAGCCCCAUUGAAGGUUGCAGUAGCAGAGUGAGAAGAUCUUUCUUUUCUUUUGGUCAUGGCAGAGGAUCCAAAAGUGCAGUUUUACCUGUUUGUUUGGAGCCAUAAGACCAGAGAUUUAGGGUUCUUUUCUUCGUUUCUUUUUUUUUCUUUAACAUAGAGAUUUUUUAUGUGUUAAGAGACAAUUAAAUUUGUGACAUAGAAAUGUUCCAAUUGAAAUUGAAAAUCAUUAUUUUAUUUGAA